AUGCUGCGGAGAUCGUGGGCGUGGCGCGUAGGGCCCGUCGAGGUGACACGGAUCACAUCCAAAUUGCCUCACUUUGACGUCUGCGUCAUUGGUGGCGGUCCCGGCGGUGUUGCCGCUGCGCUGCGUGCCGUCGACUACAACAAACGUGUCUGCCUUGUCGAGGCCAAACGCAUCGGUGGCGCCGACCUCUGGGAUGGCACGCUGCAGUCGCAGACGCUUUGGGAGAUGUCCAAGUACACCUCGUUUCUCUCGGCGCCGGUGGCGCGGCGCAUGUUUGACGACGACGUUGUCCAAGGUUUGCAGGGCAAAAUCAGCGACGCACGGGUGCAGCAGACGUUGCAGAGUGUUAGUGAAGUUCGGGAGCAGCAGGUGGUGGGGGGUUUACGCAGCGCCGGGGUGACACUUGUGUUCGGCAAGGGGAUAUUCUCCUCCCCACAUGAGUUGGAUGUGCACAGCACCGCAACCGGUGAGUACAAUGUGAUCCACGCGGACUACUUCAUUGUCGCUACUGGUGGGGUGCCGCACAAGUACUUUCACAUCACUGUGGACGGUAAGCGUAUUGUGACGACGGACACCAUCAUGCGGCUUCCGAUUCCCUCAAGCCUUGUGAUUGUUGGUGCUGGGGCGGUCGGCUGUGAGUUUGCCAGCAUCUUCGCUCGCCUGGGUCGCACCAAGGUGUCCCUCCUUGAUCACACCCCGCGUAUCUUGCCGAUGGAAGACGAGGACAUCUCGCAGUACGUGGAGGACCAACUCGUACGGCUUGGCGUGACGAUUUACCACAACUGCACCCUUUUCGACCUGGAGUCGUGGGGCGACAAAGGGGAGGUGGGGGGCUGCAUCUACAGCAUUCGGCAGUCUGAGGCGGGCGUUGCAAAGCAUGUGGAGACCCACGAGGCGGAGCGUGCGCUAAUCUGCGUGGGUCGUGUACCAAAUAUUGUAGGGCUUGGUCUGGAGAACACAUUAUGUAAAGUGACGGAUGGACGGCUGGGCGUGGACGCCUUUAACCGGUGCCUGCCCCACAAACACAUUUACGCCAUAGGUGACGUCUGUGAUCGCCGGUCACUUGUGAACCUGGCGGAGGCGCAGGGUCGCGGCUCCAUUGACCACAUCUACAGUGAGAAGCCAGCGAGGCCCGUCAACGCUAAGGAGCUGAAGAACCUGUCAACCAUAUUGUUUCUGGGCGAGGAGUUGGCGCGUGUGGGACUCAACGAGCAGCAGUGCCGCGCCUCUGGUAUGGGCUAUAUCGUGGCGCACUACGGCUACGGACACCUGAGCCGCGCCCUUGCCAUGGGCAACACAACAGGAUUCUGCAAGGUCAUAGUAACAAAUGACAGGGAGAAGCGGCUGCUCGGUGUUCGCGCCUUCGGCCCACACGCAGGCAGCAUCAUUGAGGUGGCGUCGCUCUCCAUCUUGCGUUCGGACUCGGUGUAUGAGCUGCUGAACUUGACCGCAUCCUACCCGUCCGUGGUGCAGGGCUUCGUUGAAUGCAUCUGCAUGAUUCUCGGCCGCUCCUCGUUGAAGCCCAACACCACCCCAGACGCGACACUGAAGGUGUGGCACCCGCCGCACUUCAGCCGUGGGCGCGAGUACAUUGGGGAGUUUGACGACGAGGCGUCGGCUCUGCACUCCGACGAGGUGGAUAUGGCGAAGAUGCACCUUGGCGUCAUUAAUGACCUCUUAGAGGAGCGGGCGGGCGGCGCAGGUAAAAGGGCCUCCACUGAUCGCAACUACUAUUCUGCCACCUCAACCUCAACGUGA